UGACUGGCUGGCCUCAUUGGAGGCAGCAUAAAGGAGACGUUCAAUGCUCUCCGGCAAAACAAAAAUUCUUCAUGGCAGCAAGAAGUCGACGGUGAUCCGCGCGGCUAGGCUAGGCUAAAGCUAGGCUAAGGCUGGGCUGGGCUGGGCUGGGCUUAGCGGAGGGGACGGUUCCGAAAGCGGCCGAACCUCCAUAAGCGGGCCUUGUUUUAUGUGUGAGUUCGCUAAAAACUAAUACAAGAAGCGGUUGCUCGUCUCGUCUUUUGCUAUUUUUUUAAUGGAACAUUCGAGUUAAUUAGCCUGAGAGAAAACUCUUCAGCAGGACCGAACAGCCAACGACCCCCCCAGAAGCCUGCUUCUUCUUCUUCUUCUUCUUCCUCCUCUUCCUCCACCUCCUCCUCCUGUGCGGCGGUGACCGAAUCGGUACCAUGGCAGCUACUUUGUCGGCCGAGGAAGAACAGGCCAUCAGACAGUUCCUGGAGGAAAUCACCAAGUGGACCAGUCAGCAUGGAGUCUCGCCGCUCUCCAGGGAACUGGCUGUCAAGUUCCUCAUGGCGCGCAAGUUUGACGUGCUCCGAGCUAUCCAGCUGUUCCACAGUUACAGGGAAACGCGUCUCAAAGAAGGAAUCGUCAGACUUCAGCCUCAGGAAGAACCUCUGCGGUCCGAGCUGCUCAGCGGAAAGUUCACAGUGCUGAGUGCACGCGAUCCGUCGGGAGCCUCCAUCGCCUUGUACACUGCCAAACUUCAUCACCCAAACAAGACGGGCAACCACGUCGUUCUGCAGGCACUCUUCUACCUCCUGGAUCGCGCCGUGGAGAGCUUUGAGACCCAGAGGAAUGGCUUGGUGUUCAUAUACGACAUGGCCGGGUCCAACUACACAAACUUCGAGCUGGACCUGAGCAAGAAGAUUCUCAACUUACUGAAGGGGGCGUUUCCCGCCAGGCUGAAGAAGGUGUUGAUUGUUGGGGCCCCCGUGUGGUUUCGGGUGCCCUACAACUUGCUCAGUCUGCUGUUGAAGGAGAAACUUCGGGAGCGGGUCCAGAUGGUGAAGAUGGCCGAGCUGCGCCAGCACCUCCCCAGGGACUGCCUUCCCCAACACCUAGGCGGCUUGCUUCCCCUGGACGCCUUCAGCUGGAACCAGCAGCUUCUGGCGGGCCAGAACGGCCGCGUGGACCCCGUGGACGAGCUGGUGGGCAUCCCCCUGGAGGACUCUUCCAUUCACAUCCCAGGACCCGAGUCCAUGCGCCCGCAGGAGCUGCUGGCGCACUUGGGCAGGCUUCAACGCUCCGGCAUCCACCUGGAGUACGAGGAACUCCGGAAAGAACCGCCGCCCGGAACCUUCCACUGUGCACAAGCGGUCUACAAUCUGGAGAGGAACCGAUAUGGAGACGUUCUCUGUCUUGAUCAAACAAGAGUCUGCCUGAAGCCGAGAAGGAACGAGAGAUCUGACUACAUUAACGCCAGCUUCAUGGAUGGCUACAAACAGAAGAACGCAUAUAUCGGUACUCAAGGUCCACUGGAAAAGACCUAUGGUGACUUUUGGAGAAUGGUUUGGGAACAAAAUGUGCUUGUCAUCGUCAUGACAACCAGGACAGAGGAGGGCAGUCGAAGGAAGUGCGGACAGUACUGGCCUCUGGAAGAAGGUGGGCAGGAGGUCUAUGGCCACAUAGCAGUGGUAAAUCAAAGGGUGGACCACCACACCCACUACAACCACACCACCCUCGAGCUGCACAACACCGAGACGUGUGAACAGAGGCAAGUGAGUCAUUUCCAGUACCUCAGCUGGCCCGACUACGGCGUCCCCACCUCGGCGGUGACUCUCAUCGACUUCCUUGCUGCCGUGAAGAGAGAGCAUGGCAAUAUGAUCAAGGCUUUGGGAUCUCAAUGGACGGGACACCCGCAAGGACCCCCCACGGUGGUUCACUGUAGCGCGGGGAUCGGGAGGACAGGUACCUUCUGUGCCUUGGACAUCUGUCUGUCGCAACUCCAAGACGUGGGCUCGCUGAACGUGUGCCAGACGGUGCGACGCAUGAGAACGCAGAGGGCCUUCAGUAUCCAAACUCCGGACCAGUACUACUUUUGCUACAACGCCAUUUUGGAGCACGCCCAAAGGCAAGGCCUGCUCCCGGCCAAUCAGUGAGCUCUAGUUCAUUCCGUAUCCCCAACCCACGACCACCUUUUGCUCACAAAAUACACCCGCUCACAAAAUUCUGCUGUUCGUCCCAAGACGCACGUCUUGGCAAAUGCUGUCCUUUUCUUUCCUGGGACCAUUCGUCAGCAUGUGACAACGCGUGUGCGCUUGCGUGUGUGUGUGUGUGUGUGUGUGUGUGAAGUCCAGCAAACAGGUAGU